CGCACAAGCGCCACUUCCUUUUCUUCAUCCCGAUCGAGAGAGACGAGAUGGGCCACCAGCAGCUCUACUGGAGUCACCCCAGAAAAUACGGCCAGGGAUCCCGAUCCUGCCGGGUUUGCUCAAACAGACACGGUCUGAUCCGUAAAUACGGACUCAACAUGUGCCGUCAGUGCUUCAGACAAUACGCUAAAGAUAUCGGCUUCGUCAAGCUGGACUAAACUCUUGAGUGUGUGGAGUUGACAAGCUCACAUCAUGAAGUUACUCUGGAACAUUCAAUAAACAUCGCUUUUGUUUCUGUUCA